ACGAGGCAGUAAACAGUGUUUUUCAUCAUUUGAUUGAUUAUAAGUUUGGCAAUUAAUAAACGUUUUCACGCGAAAACAAUUCCAUUUACUCUUACCGACGUCUCUCAAAUUGUCGCUCUGUUUUCUAUUUGUACGAUGAAAUUAUUAAUAUACCAGUGGUAAUAUUAUUAUUAAAAAACUUAUACCAGUUUGUAAAAAAUAAGGAAAUCUAACGUAACGGUGCACAGCUAGUCUGGCGCGGUUUCCUUAUCAAAACAUAACGCCAACAAUAACACUAAGCAACAAAUUUAAAGUCGCGUACCUAACAGCACCGAGAUAUGUCACAUGGCUACAGUCAACAUCGACAUUGCAAAUAUUUGGUCGAGCAGUAUCACAAACCACAAUACAAGUGUUGCUGUGUGGUCAAUUCUGGCGCGAAAUUCACCGACGAAUGCAAGUUACCCAUCCACGAAGCCUCAAAAGCUGUGUAGUUCUUUCGACGACAAGAUGGCAGGAAAUCAGGAACGCGUGUGUCCAGAGUACGUCGACGAUUACAACGAUUAUGGUUUCACCAAACUGAAUCUAGCUUGCUGGGUCGGUGACUUCCCGGAAGCCUGGUCCCUACUGGAGGAAGGUGCGCACCCUAAUGGUGGCAGUGGACUACAACAAUACACUCCUCUACACUCCAGUUCCUUCCAAGGGCACCUCGACAUCGUCAAAUUGUUACUUAAGUUCGGUGCCGACAUUAACGCCCAGGAGGCUGAGGGUUACACGCCCUUAAAUGGUGCAAUCUGGAACAACCAUCAGGACGUAGCCCUUUUUUUAAUUAACAACAACGCAGAUUUCACUCUCUACAACAACAACCGUUUCACCCCACUUAUGUCAGCCGUGUGGGUUGGCAACUUGGUGCUGGUACAAACUCUGGUCGAGAAGGGGGCCGAUGUCAACAUUUCUAGUAUUGAUGGGUUCACCGCGUUGCAUGCAGCCGCCACAACGGGGCAUUUGGAGGUAGCCAGAUUUUUGGUCGAAAAUAACGCUAGACUAGACGCCCUAGACUACCAAGGCAGAACUCCCCUCUGCCUCGCCCAAGAGUAUAGGAAUAAUCACUUUGUGGAGUUUUUUGAAAAUCUUAUCAAUAAUUGACCACACUUGUGAGAAACAGUGAAAAUGUACAAUUCUUAUUAAUAAAGAGAUUUAUAAUCAAAA